CGCCUCCGCCGACACGGGCCGGCCGGCACCAUGCUGCGGGUUUGUGUCAGGCCGUUAGGACGCCUGGGGACCUUUAGGGUUUCUUUCCAGGGGUACGCUGGCCCACGGCACUAUGGUUCGAGCUCUUUUAGCGGCAGCGACGAUUCUCGCGACGCGCGCGCCUACUUCACCACACCCAUUUUCUACGUGAACGCGGCGCCGCACAUAGGACACCUGUACUCGGCGCUACUGGCGGACGCCCUGUGCCGCCACCGUCGCCUCCGGGUUCCCAGCGCCACCGCCACGCGACUCUCCACCGGUACCGACGAGCACGGCCUGAAGAUUCAGCAGGCGGCUGCCACGGCGGGCCUGGCUCCAAUUGAGCUGUGCGACCGAGUCUCUUCCCAGUUCCAGCAGCUUUUCCAGGAGGCAGGGGUCUCAUCGACCGACUUUAUCCGCACCACGGAGGCCCGGCACCGGCUGGCUGUGCAGCACUUCUGGGAGGUGCUCAAGGUCCGCGGGCUGCUGUACAAGGGGCUCUAUGAAGGCUGGUAUUGCGCCUCGGACGAGUGCUUUCUGCCUGAGGCCAAGGUCACCCGGCAGCCAGGCCCGUCUGGGGAGUCCUGUCCUGUAUCUCUAGAGAGCGGGCAUCCAGUUUCUUGGACCAAGGAAGAAAACUACAUUUUUAGGCUUUCCCAGUUCCAGGAGCCGCUCCGACAGUGGCUGCGGGGCAACCCUCAGACCAUCACCCCGGAGCCAUUCUAUCACGCGGUCCUUCACUGGCUGGAGGAGGAGCUGCCAGACCUGUCGGUGUCUCGCAGGAGUAGCCACUUGCAUUGGGGCAUUCCGGUGCCCGGGGACGACUCGCAGACCAUCUACGUAUGGCUGGAUGCCCUGGUCAACUACCUCACUGUAAUUGGCUACCCAAAUGAUGAGUUCAAAUCUUGGUGGCCGGCUACCUCUCACAUCAUAGGUAAGGACAUUCUUAAAUUCCACGCCAUUUAUUGGCCUGCUCUCCUCUUAGGGGCUGGAUUGAGCCCACCACAUCGCAUCUGUGUCCACUCUCAUUGGACAGUCUGUGGCCAAAAGAUGUCCAAGAGCUUGGGCAACGUGGUGGAUCCCAGGACUUGCCUUGAACACUAUACUGUGGAUGGCUUCCGCUACUUUCUUCUUCGGCAGGGCGUUCCCAACUGGGACUGUGACUACUAUGAUGAAAAGGUUGUUAAGUUACUGGAUUCUGAGCUGGCAGAUGCCUUGGGAGGUCUCUUGAACCGAUGCACUGCCAACAGAAUAAAUCCUUCUGGGACCUACCCAGCUUUCUGUACCACCUGCUUCCCCAGUGAACCAGGGUUGAUGGGGCCAUCAGUUCGCGCUCGAGCAGAGGACUAUGCUCUGGUGAGAGCAGUGGCCACUCUGCCCAAGCAGGUAGCAGACCACUUUGAUAAUUUUCAGAUCUAUAAGGCUCUGGAGGCAGUGUCUAGUUGUGUCCGGCAAACUAAUGGUUUUGUCCAAAGACAUGCCCCCUGGAAGUUGAAUUGGGAGAAUCCAGCGGAUGCCCCCUGGCUAGGUACUGUGCUUCAUGUGGCCUUGGAAUGUUUGCGAGUCUUUGGAACUUUGCUUCAGCCUGUCACCCCAAACCUAGCUGAUAAGCUGCUGUCUAGGCUGGGGGUUUCUGCCACAGAGAGAAGCCUUGGAAAGCUCCUUUUCUUGCCUCGAUUUUAUGGACGUCCAUGCCCUUUUGAGGGCAGGAGGCUGGGACCUGAAACUGGGCUUUUGUUUCCACGACUAGACCAGUCCCGGGGUUGGCUGGUGAAAGCCCACAGGACCUAGAAACUCUGUUUUUAAUGGUUUGUGGUAAAAAAGCAAAUAGAUUACUUUUCAUUUCAGGAAAGUUAUACCAGUAUUUUCUAAAGUGUUGCAUCAUAUGAGCCCAUAAGCGGUGGUGUCCUGUGUAUGUUUGUAGCCUUUCAGAUUCCUAUCCCGUUGUUCAUUCCUCUGUACUGGUUAACCACUGUUCUUUGCACACUAGUGUCUAACAUGUCUCAGAUGGGUACAAAACAAUAUUGCUGAUACUGUUUAUUCUCAUUGUGACUCCUUCCAAACUAGAGUUAUUUGCUUAAACUACCUCUCAUGGCUUCUGCCUCUCAUGCUAAUUAUAAUUAGUGUAUGUAGUGACUCCUUUUAUUAAAAGUAGGGUUUGGUGGUCUCCAACCUCAUCUUUUACAAGGUAGCCCUAUUAGAUAUUUUUGGUCGCCUGUUAAAAAAAUUAAACUCUCAAAAAUGGUGAUCCAGAACACGAUUUUUGGUUCAUAUUCAUCAUUCUUAAAUCUACAAGUAGGAGUUUUGUAACAUUACCUUUCAGCCAGUAGAUGGCUCUAGUCCCAUUCAAUUAAGAUUGAACCUUCAGACAAUUUAGAAUAGUUUUUUGCUUUCUAGUUUUGGAGAUCUUUGAAUUUUGAUCGUCUUCCUUAAAAGAAGGGAUAACUGCUUACAACCACUGCUGUUUUAACAGAAAGCAAUAAAAACUAUCUCAGUUUUUUUUCAGACUACUGCAAAUAAUAUUUACUCUGUUAAAUGUUUAAGUAAGCUAGUAGGUAUCAAGUUGUUUAUAUGAUAAACCAUAAAGCUCUCGAAGUACAUGGUAACAAAUUUUAAACUUUAAUAAUGUUAGAUUAUAGGUAUAAUGUAAAUAAUACAGUGAUAUAGGUAUAAUGUAAAUAAAAAAAAUAAAUGGGGAAUAUUUUGUUUUUUAAUACACUUGUUAUCCACAAACAAUUUACCUCAUGUAACUUCUUUUGGUCUGUUAGGAUCUAUGAUACAAUACAGAGAUUGUGUAAUAGUUAUUAUAGAUGUUAAUAUGUUUACUUUCCAAUAAUUUUUGCUGAUUAUUUUGCUCUUUUAACUUAAUAAAGUUUAAAAGUUUGUAAGUA